UUGUUCCUUCACCGUCCCUCACAAAAAUGGCAGGAAAGCUUCACAACAUGCCAAGAUCCAAAUCCAGAAUCGUCCUCUUAUCACUCUCUCUCCUCGCUCUCUCACUCCUCAUCUUCCUCUCUUCUCUCUCUCCCUUUCAAACCUCUUCUUCACCUUCUUCUUCACCAUCUCACUUCCACGAUCCCAAUGUCGAAACCUCUUUCGUCACUUCCCUCGACCACUUCCUCACCACCCACACUCACCCUCCCUCCGCCGACGACGACCACACAGUUACCGAAACGGAAGCCGCGGUGAAGAAUCUCGACGACGCCGUUUACCGCUCCGAGAUGGAUAGGCUCGAUUCCGAUCCUUACUACCCGCUUUCUCUCCCGCUUAGGGUUUACGUCUACAACAUGCCUUCCAAAUUCACCUUUGAUUUGCUUCGGCUCUUUGCCACCACCUACAAGGACACCUCCAAUCUCACCUCUAAUGGCAGCCCCGUUCACCGUCUCAUCGAACAGCACUCUAUUGAUUACUGGCUCUGGGCUGAUCUAAUUGCUCCGGAAUCGGAACGGCGGUUGAAGAGUGUUGUUAGGGUUCAUCGACAGGAAGAUGCUGACUUGUUCUACAUACCCUUCUUCACCACUAUAAGCUUCUUCCUAUUGGAAAAGCAACAGUGCAAGGCCCUUUAUAGGGAAGCUUUGAAGUGGGUAACAGAUCAACCUGCAUGGAAGCGUUCUGGUGGAAGGGAUCACAUACUUCCUGUGCAUCAUCCGUGGUCUUUUAAGUCUGUUCGGAGAUACAUGAAGAAGGCAAUAUGGCUGUUGCCAGACAUGGAUUCCACAGGGAACUGGUACAAGCCGGGACAGGUUUUCCUAGAGAAAGAUCUGAUUCUUCCUUAUGUUGCCAAUCUUGAUUUAUGUGAUGCCAGAUGUCUAGUUCAAACGAAUCAAAAGAGAAGCACACUGCUUUUCUUUCGUGGUCGGCUCAAAAGAAAUGCGGGAGGAAAGAUACGCUCUAAACUUGUAGCUGAAUUAAGUGGAGCAGAUGGUGUAAUUAUAGAGGAGGGAACGGCUGGAGAUAGGGGAAAAGAAGUAGCUCAAAAUGGCAUGCGCAAGUCUCUAUUUUGCUUAAACCCAGCUGGUGAUACUCCAUCCUCUGCUAGAUUAUAUGAUGCUAUUGUUAGUGGGUGCAUUCCAGUUAUAGUAAGUGAUGAGCUGGAGCUUCCAUUUGAAGGAAUACUUGAUUACAGGAAGAUAGCCUUGUUUGUUUCUUCCAUUGAUGCUCUGAAGCCAGGUUGGCUUUUGAAAUUUUUAAAAGAUGUUAGACCUGCUCAGAUAAAAGAAUUGCAACAAAAUCUUGCCAAGUACUCGAGGCAUUUCGUGUUUUCCAAUCCAGCUCAACCAUUGGGUCCUGAAGACUUGGUCUGGAAAAUGAUGGCUGGCAAGGUGGUGAACAUCAAACUUCAUUCCCGAAGAUCUCAACGAGUGGUGGAAGGAUCUCGAAAUCUGUGCACUUGUGAAUGUAGGACUGGCAACAUUACUAGUUCUGUUCCAAUCAUUUCUUGAAUCACCUUGUUUUAUUUAUAAAUGUAAUAUCUUUAUUUUUCCUCAUUUGUUUUCAUGUAAUUGUCUAAUGCUAAUUUUGUAUUCUUUAGUGACCUAUUUUGUUGUAUUACUCAAGUACAUGACAGGUGAUAGAAUUUAAAUGUUAUCUUCAGCAGUAUGAUCA